AUGGCGGCGGCCUUAGUGCCCGGCGUUUCGAGAAAAGGCCUCACGUGGAUGAUCGCAGGGGUCCCACGCCGAGAAUUUUGGUCUCGAUUCAGAGAACAGAAAAAGCCCGUGGUGGCCGAGACCGUGGAGGAGGAGGUGAAGAAAGAGCCUCUCCUGGCGUGUCCGCCCCUACGAAGCCGGACGUACGCGCCACCCGAAGAUCUCCAGAGCCGCCUGGAAUCCAGCGUCAAAGACAUUUUUGGCUCAUCGGCUGCUAGCAGCUGGCAGGACAUCUCCCUGGACGAUGGUCGUCUGAAGUUCAGCUUGUUGACACGGUUAGCCGAUGACCUGGGCCACGCGGUGCCCAACUCCAGGCUCCAUGAGAUGUGCAGGGUCAGAGACGUCCUUGAGUUCUACAAGGUGCCUGUUCAAGACAGAUCUAAAUUUGAUGAACUUGUGGCCAGCAAUCUGCCUCCCAAUAUAAAAAUCACUUGGGGCUACUGA